GCAGUCAUGUGGCAACGCCAAAGUUUUUGUUUGUUUCUGAUUUCUUUAGCCGUUUAGUAAACGGUUUUUAUGAAAUAUGGUAAAAUGCUUAGUGUGAAUAUGAAGUUGAACGCCUUCACUUCACUUAACUGUAGACCACAUACUAUAAAAAAUCUAUGCCAGUAGCCAUAUGGUACAUUAGAUAGCACAGUGUCUUCGACCACCUGUAAGACGUAUAGAAACAAAAGUUCUUACCACGUAUCAAUUGCAAAUAAGAUGCCGCUGUCUCGAUAUUCGCAUUGUUUAUGGCUUAGUUGCGUAUAUACGGCUUUAAUCGCUGCUCUGCUUACGCGGGCAAGUAUAGCCACAUCAUCAUCGUCAGAUUAUUUCGUUGGCCGCAAUAAGACCAUCUACAACCCCAGUCAACUCUCGGAUUCCCAUUUGCUGGAGUAUAGCAAUCUGUCGGACGGCCUACAUUUGAAAGAAGCUAUUAAAAAUAUAUUGAUACCUCGCGUUGUGGGCACUCCAAAUCAUGGAAUCGUGCGUCAAUAUAUCGUGCAGAGUCUGCGGGACUUGGAUUGGCAUGUGGAGCUCGACAACUUUCAUGACACGGCGCCCAUUUUGGGCAAUUUGCACUUUAGUAACAUUAUAGCGACACUGAAUCCCCAAGCCGAACGUUUCUUGGUGCUGGCGUGUCAUUAUGAUAGCAAGUAUAUGCCUGGGGACAAGGAGUUUGUGGGCGCCACGGACUCCGCUGUGCCCUGUGCCAUGCUAUUGAAUUUAGCCAAGGUGCUGCAGGAGAAGCUUAAGCCAUUUCAAAACUCUAAACUUAGUUUAAUGCUCUUGUUUUUCGAUGGUGAGGAAGCGUUUCAUCAAUGGGGUCCCACCGACUCGAUAUAUGGUGCACGGCAUUUGGCAAAACGUUGGCAUAAGGAGGGUAAAUUGGACCGCAUUGACAUGUUGGUGCUGCUUGAUUUGCUGGGUGCACCGGAUCCCGCCUUCUUCAGCUUCUUUUCCAAUACUGAGCAAUGGUACAUGCGUCUUGUAGAUUUGGAAACGCGAGUCUCCAAGCAGCAUCUCUUCGAACGCUAUGUGAACAGCGGAGUGGUGCAACACGAUCCUUCAAGAUAUUUUCAGCCGCAGGCAUUGCGGAACAGCCAGGUGGAGGACGAUCAUAUACCCUUCCUGCGUCGCAACGUGCCCGUUCUACAUUUAAUACCAAUGCCCUUUCCCAGUGUAUGGCACACAACAGACGAUAACGAAAAUGUGAUCGAUUAUGCGACCACAAACAAUUUAGCACUCGUCAUACGGCUCUUUACGCUCGAGUAUCUGCUGGGUGGCGGUACGAAAGAAGCGUGAAAUCCCUUUUGACUGUAUCAAGCCUUAUCAUAUUGACCUGUCUGAUACGCAGUAUCGUUGCUGUGGCAAAUAAUAGAAUGGAAAUCUAUUUAUUGUUUACCUAUUGUCUUUGUAUGUGUGCUGGUGUGUGGAUCCUAUGUGGACUUUGUUCCAUUAUUCAGGCUCCGCACGCAAGCGAUAUUGGAAAUGACUAACUAAAACACUUAAACCAAUCUACUAUAGAAUUAUUUUUUUAUAAAUAUAUAGACAAUGUUAAAUUCAAAUGUACAAAUACAU